AUGGACGUCUCCUCGCGCAAGCGACUCCGCGACCGCCGAGCGAAACGAGCGGCCCGCGUCCGCUUCUUGGCCGAGUACAACGCGCUGACAGACGCUGCAGCGGCCUUGACGCGCACGCUGCGUGGACUUCGGUCGGGUCACCGGCCUCGGAGCUGCCUCCUGCCGUGGGAAGAAAUCGCAAAGGUGCUCGCUGACGCAACGCGCGACAGCCUCGCGACGAAUCGGACAUUGUCCGCCCACGUGGCAGACCACAGACACUGCGUCGAGCUCUUGCAUGCAUGGGUGACGGCCCAAUCUCGACCGCAAACAGUGGUCAUUGGCACAUCGACGCUGGUCACGUGGCCGCGGGUACGGUUGCCAGCGGCGCCCCGCACGGUCCAGACAAUGGCGCUGACGUGGCUUGCCGAGCGCAUGCGGCGCGCGACGGCCUUUAUGGUCUCUGAUGCCGGCUUCCCGUCGCCGGUGCGGAAUCAUGUGCACGCGGCGCAGGACGUCCGUGGCAGUCUCGUGGCCGCCCAGCAUAUUAUCCUUGGGUCCCUCGACGACGUUCUCGCGGCAACGUGGACAGCACUUCUAUCGUUUGGUCCGCGCACGGUUGUGGCCACCCACAAGACGGCGACGACCGAAGCGACGUACUCGAUCCAGCAGGCUCAGCGCGAUGUCCACGCGUGUUUUGUCGAUGCCGACACGAUCACCUUGCUGCACUGUACACUUCACGACAGCGAUGACAAGGACGUAGGGAGUACGACCCCGUACAUUCAAGAAUGGAUCGUGUUGACGUCGCUUUCGCUGACCCACGUCGUCGUUCAAAGUGUGCGGCUGCGCCGCUCCGUGACACGCCACGCGUCAAUGCUUGCUGUAGCAAGCCUCGAGCACCCCGACGUACUAGCGACAAUGCGGCGGGGCCAAAAUCUCGACGCUGAGCUCCAGCAGCGCUUGGCUGCCAAAGCGACCAGUGCGGCACAGGAGCGAUUCCUGCACAUCCAGAAGCUCGUGUGCGAGGCGCACGCUCAGCGAUGUCGAUUGCAACGACCGUGUGCAAACCCGUAG